UCUUUUGAUCAAAAUGAUUAGUAUAACGAGUACUAUAUAAAGUUGAGUAUUAAUGUGGUUACAAUACUGAAUCUGACCUCUAGUUGAAUGAAAUGGUAAAAAAAUUGAGCUAUGACUAUAUUUACAUUAGAAGUCACAUUCAGUCACAUAGCUGGAGAAAAAAAGUUCUUCAUUGAGAAGAAGGCUUCUGAUUAGCUAUCAACUUUUAGUAUAUCUACAGCUAAUAAAAAUAAAUUCAAAGUACUUACGAAACUGCUACCGAUAGAGGAGGAGUCAAGAGAGAGAGUUCUGUGUUGAAGUGUUAUUGCUUUUGCCACAGGAUGUUCUUCAACCGAUUGAGAAGUAGCUAUUGCAUGGGCGGCAACAAGGACAGCAGCUGCGACAGCCUAGAGCCCAAGGAACCGGUGGUACUUAAUGUCUAUGAUCUCGUCCAAACCAAUGAUUAUACCAUAGCGCUGGGCUUGGGAUUCUUUCAUACGGGCGUUGAACUUUAUGGUCGUGAAUAUGGUUUUGGUGGCCAUGAGUUUCCGAUGAGUGGAAUCUUUCAUAUCCAACCAUGUAAUGGCCAGGCUGAAAUUGGCGAACAAUUCCAUUUCCGGGAGAGCAUUCUGCUGGGCUAUACACAUUUCAGCAACGCGGAUGUGGAUCGCAUUGUUGACCAGCUAGGCAUGCAAUUCCCUGGCAACAGCUACCAUCUGACCCAGAAGAACUGCAACCACUUCUCCAACACCCUGGCUCACAUAGUCUGCGGCCGCAAGAUACCAAGCUGGGUGAAUCGUUUGGCAUACCUGGUCACCUGUGUCCCGUUCCUAGAGCGCUGUAUGCCUGCAGGCCCCAACAGGCAGCAACAUUAUAGCCAUCACUCCCAUGAGCAUUGAGUUUAAGUUACAGCCCGAUGGAACAUUUUAUUUUAUUUCGUUUUAAUUUUUCCUUUGUGGGUUUUUUUUUGUUUUGAAGAAAACAAAGGAGAA